GUCACUAUGUCAACCUCCCCAAACACAGGGGUAAAGAGAAAACGCAAUACAUCCGGAUUGGAUUGUUCAUCUGCGUGCGUAAAGAUGAAUCAUUCAAUCUUUCUGAUCCAAUUGACAGGUCACGAUCGCGCCGCGCGCCUAUAUAAAACGGUCACAACAUUCGAGAACACCCAACCAACGGAAGAACCCGCCAACAAGAACGUCCGUUGAUAUUGGUAACCUAGGCUACAGCUCACCAGAGAAGAAGACAAGAACAGAAGAACCAAAAACAUCCCGACGACAACCGAACCAACCAACCGAACCGAACCAACCAACCGAACCAACCAAACCGAACCAACAUUCCAUCCAGCUGCGUAAAAAAGGCGUCACGAGAUGGAGAGGUCUGUUAGAUUCGCCGUGGUGUGCGUCGGUAUCUCCAUGCUUAUCUCGUGCCACCCUAUCGAGGCGUGGUACAAGCAGUCCACCGGACCGAGCUACCACUCGGUCGGCCGAGCCUCGGGUCUGCUGUCCGGGAUCCGGAGGUCCCCGUACAUCCGGAGGUCUGAGUCAGAAGAAACGGUGAUGGACAGCGGGGAGAACACCGGCACCGAGAACAACUUGGUGACUGACGGUAACCGACAGACCCCGGUGCUCAAAAACAUGGCUAUCUGUGUGACAGACAUCUCUCCCAACCUGAAGAGCUGCGAGCUGCUGCGGGACGGGACCAGUACGUUCCAGUGCAAGGCUGACGUGUUCCUCUCCCUGGACACGCUGGACUGCCUGGCCGCGUGAGACCAACCAAUCUCCCGCCGGCGCCAACAACAACAGUUGACUUUCCGCGAGGUGUAGACGGGCGAGAACGCAGGCAGCGUGAGAGGAAAAAGGACCGGUGAUUGAUGAUGACAUUGAAUGUUUUCUCAUCAUUUAUAUAUAUAUAUAUAAAAAAACGGAUGUGAAUAAUGUCUGUUUAAUACUAGCGGUGUACAACAAAACAAAAAAAAGACAACGAAAAACCCAAAGUGAAAUGUGUGUGAGAGAACGUUGUUACUAGGCUACAAAGCUAUCUUUUGUCCCCCCCCACACUCCCCUAUACUCCUAUGCCGACCCCCACCCAGACCCUCCCUUGUAGGUUACCUGCGUUGCCUAAUGUAGGCUAUUAUUACAUGUUCAUAAAUCGUUGCCUGCUGAGCAGAACCUGUCCAAGUACUUUUAUUUAUUUUAUUAAAAUGAACAAAUAUUGCUAA